AUGUUUCAUUUCAAACUACUGGGAGCCGCUCUCCUCCUUGUAUCUUUUUUCUGUCUAACUCUAGCGGGAAACUUCGACGAUUCCUCGUGUGAGUCUUCUGAAGAAUACGGAGGGGGGAAGCACAAACAUCGUCAUCACAAGCACCGUCCGAAGCCUCCAAGGCCACCACGACGUCCACCGGCAAGACCAAAGUGUGAGCAAGGAUGGUACACAUCGUAUCGGCCGCAGGGGAUAUGGUGUUUGAGGGUAGGAAUCGGUAAGCUCGACUACCACCAGUCUCAAGCCCAAUGCAAAACUUAUGGUGGAGUAUUAUCAGGACUCCAGAAUAACUUUGAGAGACAACUGAUUGCCAAUGAGACUGUCCGCCAGCUGCUCCCCUCUGGUGUCACCAUUGCUGGCGUGUGGCUCGGAGCUUCUAAGGUUCCAGGGACCAACACUUUCAAAUGGAACGAUGGACACACUACUGGUACUGGAGGAAUGUUUUAUGGACCAGGACAGCCGGAUAACGCAAAGGGGGAUCCUAGAGGACCCCAAAACUGUCUCCAAUUGAUUGUGAUGACACCUGCCUAUUGGAGCCGUCCGGAUAAAUGGGUGCCAUUCGUACGGUUGAUAGAUGACUACUGGUGUCACAUGACACAUGAUCCACCACAGAGAUUGUAUGCAUGUGGAAAGCGUGGACCACCUGAAAAUACUAUUGGAUAA